UGAAUAAAAUUUGUCCUUCACCUUGCUAUAAAAAUCAUGGCGACCUUCAUCAGGCUUUCACGAUCUCUUUUAUCGAGGAACGUGUUUCCUCUUCGUUCGCAAGAAAGAUGGUGCGCUGUCGUCGCUGGAAGUACUGAACAUACUCUUGGGGUUAAAAAGAGGAUCGAAACAACACGCCAAAAGGCGCUGUUAGGCGGUGGUCAAAAGAGAAUAGAUACACAACAUAAGAAGGGCAAGCUGACAGCACGGGAGCGAGUUCAUCUUCUGCUGGAUCCAAACUCGUUUGUUGAAUAUGACAUGUUUCUGGAACAUAACUGCACUGACUUCAACAUGGAAAAGGAAAAGUAUCCUGGUGACAGUGUAGUGACGGGCAGGGGCUACAUCAACGGACGGCUUGUGUUUGUCUUCAGCCAGGACUUCACUGUAUUUGGUGGAAGUUUGUCGGGCGCCCAUGCAAAGAAGAUAUGCAAGAUCAUGGACCAAGCGAUGCUGGUUGGCGCCCCAGUCAUUGGCCUCAAUGACUCGGGAGGAGCAAGAAUCCAGGAAGGGGUGGAAUCUCUAGCAGGAUAUGCUGACAUCUUCCAGAGAAAUGUCAAUGCAUCGGGUGUGAUACCCCAGAUCUCACUCAUAAUGGGGCCGUGUGCAGGUGGCGCUGUGUACUCACCCGCUCUGACAGACUUCACCUUCAUGGUCAAGGAAACCUCAUACCUGUUUAUCACAGGACCUGAAGUUGUCAAGUCUGUUACUAAUGAAGAUGUAACUCAAGAGGAACUGGGAGGUGCUAAAACACACACAUCAGUCUCAGGUGUUGCCCACAAGGCGUUUGAGAACGAUGUUGAUGCCCUCCUGCAGCUACGGGACUUCUACAACUAUCUCCCCCUCAGCAACAAGGACGAUGCCCCUAUCAGACAGUGUGAUGACCCUUGGGACAGACUGGUUCCUGGUCUUGACACAGUUGUCCCCCUUGAAUCCACAGGCUACGACAUCAAGGAUGUCAUACAAGGGGUGGUGGACGAACAGGACUUCUUUGAGAUAAUGACCAACUAUGCCAAGAACAUAGUGAUUGGGUUCGCCAGAAUGAACGGUCGGACUGUGGGACUGGUUGGUAAUCAACCUAAAGUAGCAGCUGGCUGUCUGGACAUCAAUGCCUCGGUGAAGGGGGCCAGGUUUGUGAGAUUCUGUGAUGCAUUCAACAUCCCGAUCAUCACCUUCGUCGAUGUCCCAGGAUUCUUGCCAGGUACGAGUCAAGAGUAUGGAGGAAUUAUCCGUCACGGAGCGAAGCUGUUGUAUGCAUUCGCAGAAGCUACAGUGCCCAAGAUCACAGUUAUUACCAGAAAGGCAUAUGGCGGUGCCUACGAUGUGAUGAGCUCAAAACAUCUCCGUGGCGACACCAACUAUUGCUGGCCGACUGCAGAGGUUGCUGUCAUGGGAGCCAAGGGUGCUGUGUCCAUCAUCUUCCGAGGCAGCGACACCCAGGCCGAGCAGGAGAAGGAGUACAUUGACAAGUUUGCCAACCCAUUCCCAGCUGCAGACAGAGGGUAUGUCGACGACAUCAUUGAGCCCAGGACAACGAGACAGCGGAUCUGCCAGGACUUGGAAGUGUUAUCCAGCAAGAAGAUGGAAAACCCAUGGAAGAAACAUGCCAACAUGCCGUUGUGAGGAUACAGAUGUGUGAUGUGUUACGUGAUAGGCAGACGUGAUCUAUGUGCAUAUGUUGGUAGCUUAGCUGAAACGCAUAAAGUGCUAUUUUACAUAUAUGUAUAAAUUCAGAUCUUUAUGUGUGUGUGUGCAUGUGUGAUUGAUAAUGUAAAAGGAUGAUAUGUGUAGAUUGGUGUUUGUUGAUGUAAUGAUACGAAAAUAUUGAACAAAUUUGUAUCACACUAAAAUAUGA